CGAGGUGUAAUAAAAACCACUUUAAAAAAAAUCCGUUAAAUAUUUCAUACAUACAUAUACAUAUUUUAAAAAUGAAUACAUAAUUUUUGAGUGUGUAAGUAACGUUAAUAAUGUGUUAACGCGUGUUAGCCAGCGGCGUUAGCAUGAGAGAUGAGAUAUGACGUAAUGGCGGCACGUCUUUGAAUAAAGCGCUCCAGCUUCACUACAGUGUCGCUUUGUUUAUUGUUUCUGCAGCUAAUUUGCAUAUUUAAUUUUUUAUUGGUCAGUUUUCAUUUGGAAUUCUUUUUUUUCUUUGGGGUCGUCCGUUGGUGCCUCGUGAGGACUCCGACCACGUGACUCCUGCGUUCGAGAAUACGCGGCUGGCGCACGCGCUCCUGGGCUCGGGUUCCUAAAAAGCCCGAGCUGUCACACGCGCACGAUUUACGGCACACUGCAAUGCAGCGCGCGCGCCUGUUUGAGUGGGACAAACUUCUGGAGAAUGUGCAUUGUUUGAUCAUAAGUGUGACAAAGACUGACAAGCAGGAAGCUUAUAUACUCAGCGAGAGUAGCAUGUUUGUCUCCAAGAGACGUUUCAUUUUGAAGACAUGCGGAACCACCCUCUUACUGCAAGCGCUGGUGCCCCUGCUGCAGCUGGCGCGCGAGUACUGCGGCUUUGACGCCAUCGAGAAUUUCUUCUACUCUCGUAAGAACUUUAUGAAGCCCGCCCAUCAGGAGUUCCCCCACCGCACUUUUGAGGAGGAAGUGGGAUUUCUCAGCCAGAUCUUCCCAAGUACGCUUCACCACCAUCUCAACGGAGCAGCCUACUGUAUGGGACGUCUGAACUCUGACUGCUGGUACUUGUUUACUCUGGAGCUGCCGGAGUACUGGGAGAACAAGCAGGCAGACCAGACGCUGGAGGUUCUGAUGAGCGAUCUCGACCCAGCCGUGAUGGACCAGUUCUACAUGAAAGAUGGUGUUUCCGCUAAUGAUGUCACUCGUAUGAGUGGAAUUCGUGACCUGAUUCCAGGUUCUGUGAUCGACGCCACAAUGUUCAACCCUUGUGGAUACUCCAUGAAUGGAAUGAAAACGGAUGGAACUUACUGGACGAUUCACAUCACCCCUGAGCCAGAGUUCUCGUACGUUAGUUUCGAAACCAACCUCUCCCAGACGUCCUACGACGACCUCGUCCGAAAAGUCGUGGACGUCUUCAAGCCAGGGAAAUUUGUGACUACGCUUUUUGUUAAUCAGCGCUCCAAGUGUCGCAGCGUGUUCUCGUCUGCGCAGAAACUCGACGGCUACAGGCGCAUGGAUCGCCAGCUGGCCCACUUCAACGACUACAACUUCGUCUUUACCAGUUACGCUAAGAAGCCGCAGCAGAGCCAGCAGAGCUAAAGAUGAGAAAGCGCAGAAAGAAAGCGGCCGGAGCCACAAGGCUCUGCUGCUGCUGCUCGGAGUUUCAUUACUGUAGCUGUAUCGCGAGUUUAUCCCGUAAACGUCCUCGUACCCGAUCCGUAGAUAUGUUGCAUGAAAGCUCUCGUCGUGUCCGUGUAGAUAUUCUAGCUCACUCUUGCUGUGAUCUUGAAGUGCAUGUAGAGUUGAGGAGCCUCCCCUUCCUGCAGGUGUCCCCCCUCAUCCUCCACAGACAGGGUUUCCGCGCCCACUAAGCAGGGACCCUGGCAUGCUCAGAUCCGUCUCGUCGCCCGCGCCACAUCACGUCUUAAUCAGCGACGUGUCGGGUUUCAAAACUCCACCCAAACCUCAAAAAAAUAUAUAUAUAUAUUUUAAAUAAAACCUCACACCCUGCCAAUUCAAUAAGCCUGAUUUUGAAAUACAGCACUAAUAAAAACUUAAAUUAAAUUUAUAAAUAUAUAAUCUAAUAAAUAUAUAUAUUAAACCCUGAGACUCUCUCAAUGCCUUUUCACUAAUAAAGUGCACAACCAAACAAGCCUUUUGGAAAAAAAAAAAAAGUAUAAAAAUUGCACUUUAAAAUGAGCACCGAAAACACCAAAGCGUCUUGUUUAAGCACUAAAACAAAAACAAAAGGCACCUUAUUUCACUCAUGGGUUUUUUUUUUUUUUUUUUUUAAAUAUUCCAUGCCUCUGAAUGAAAAAAGUCAGCGAUUGUAAAAGGGCCGUGAAUGUAGCCGUGUGCGAGGAGCCGUUCCACACGUGUGCGAAUACCGUGAAUGCCUGGUCUUUUGUUUUCCUCUCAUUGUUCAGGACCCCUCCAGUCCUGAGGGCUGGUCAGCAUGGUGCCCGUUCCCCAGCAAAGCGCUUUUUUUUUUUUUCUCUCUUUCUUUCUCACCCCAUUUCCUAAACAAUACACAUCCCUGAUAAGCGCACACAAUAGACGCGCAUGGAUCUGAGCAUGUCAGGGUUCUCCCGGAUCAUUCCACACUUUUUUAUUUGUUUUUUUUAAAAAACAGUGAACCAGUCAAAAAUGUGACUCCAGUGCCUCGUCCCCUACAUGCUGCAUGUGAAUAGUGCAGUCUACAUGCACUGACAUUCGUGUGUCCACUUUUUAAAAAUUUUUUUUUUUGGACUCUCUCUUGCUCUUUCUCAAAUUAAAGACCUUUCCCAGGGCGUGCUCAGAGAGAUGCUAAAUUCUGCUGUGCGGCUCACGAUGGACUAAAAUAUUAGUGCAGGCAACGGUUCACUUUCAAUCGCUCCCAAAUUGACAAAAAGCAGCUUUAAAUGAUCAAUCCUCUGUCACGGGUUCUCCAUCGUCCUCCCAGUUAAACAAUUCGUUCCAUUCCUUAUCGGAAAUUAAAACCAGCUCUCACCUACAAAAGAAUAUAAAUAUUAUCGAGCGCAGAGGCAUUUAGGUCUUUCAGAAGGGAAAAAAAAAACUUUCCACAAGACUUUGACUCAGGAGAGAUGAUUUGAGGACUUUAUUUCCCCAUUUGGCAAAAUUCAUGAAGCCUUUCCAGCCAGAGAGUGUGAAUGUCCUGCUGCCAAACAGGGAAACAAGGCGUCCUCCCUAAACAAGAGCUCCAGCUCUUACUGAAACCCAUUACAGAGGGGGAAAAAAAAAUUUAGCGUUGUGUUCUCAGCCCUGCUUUUGGGUUCUGAAAUGUACUCAUGUAUUUUAAACUGUAAUACCCGAAGGGGCAGUUUUGAGAACAGCCGGAUGUGCAAAAAUAGUUAAAUUUUUCACUGCAAUUUGAUAAAGUUUAAGUAAAAUCUUUUUUUAUGUACCUCUUGUAUUUCAUGCACUUGUUUAAUCUAAGUGCAGGGCUGAGCCACAACCAUUCUGUACAGUCAAGAUUUGCAGCCUCUCCAAAAUCCUCGCGACAUCUCCAAACGAAUUGCGACAUCUCCAGUAUCCUCACAGCCUCUCUAAUAGCAUCGCGACAUCUCCAAUAUCCUCGCGACCUCUCUAAAAUCCUCACAGCCUCUCUAAAAGCAUCGCGACAUCUCCAGUAUCCUCGCGACCUCUCUAAAAUCCUCACAGCCUCUCUAAAAGCAUCGCGACAUCUCUAAUAUCCUUCAUCUCUAAUAAGCAUCUCUACCAGGCUCACCAGGGAAAGGUCUUAAACUAAUAUCUUCCAUAUGGACCAUUUGGCAGGAAGUUGAGUCUUGAGAGUCGAAUUGUGGCUGAAAAUUUUUCUAAACUCCCCCUAGCAUAGUUUGGGGCAUUCCUCUUUUUUUCGUUUUUAAAUUUGCAUAUUUUUGUACUUUUUUCUAUACAUUAUGUGGACCAACUGAAUUGUUUUUUUCAUGCCCACUUUUUUUCAGUGAUAUUCCCCCCCUUGCCCCAAUAGAUUCUGAGGUGACUGUGGAUGAAUUGGACCCGUUUUUUUUUUUUUUCUCAUCCUUCCCCGCUGCACUUGAAAGAGGAAGGCUGCUGCGUAACUGUGCUCUGGAUGUUGAGGGGGAAAGGGAAACUUUGCUAUUCUGAUUCUCUUGCUAUUUCCUUGGUUGAUCAAGAUGUGCUAAAUAUCUGUACUAUGAGCUUGAUGCGUUAAAUACAAAUAAAUAAAUAAAUGUCA